CGUGGGACACCCUGUAUAUUACAGGUAUAUUUUAUGGAAUUUGAAAUUAGUUUGUGUGUGUGUAUGAUAGAGAAGUUUUUAGAAACCACACAAAAUAUUAGCAAAUUUAAUACCUGGGUCGUAGCGGUCUAAAGACCUAUUUAGUUUUGUAAAAUAAUGUUAGCCAUUUUUUAGGUAUAGAUUAAGUGACCAUCCGUCCCGAUUUAGGCGGGACAGUCCCGAUUUCGAGCUACGAGUCCCGAAUUGAAUAGGCGUCCCGCUUUUGUCCCGCUUUCAAUAAAUUCCAACUAUAUCAACUUUUUAUUAUUCAUUUAUUUUAAUUCAAAUUAAAAAACUAUUUCGUUCAAUAGUUAUAUUGAAUUGUUAAUUCAAAUCUAUGAGCUUUCGUAGAUUUCACAACUCACGAGUCACAAUAGUCACAACCAUUAACGUUGAACUCUGCUUGAGCAUUUUCAAUGUCCUCAUUGUCCUCUCCUGUUGCAUCUUUGUGAAGGACUGUGAAACUUCUUAGGAGGCGGUCUGAUAUUUGGACGACAAUGGGGAGUGAUUUGGAAAACGCCUCACGGGCAAAUUUCGUUACUCGAGAGAGAAGAAAGAUAUAAAGUAGAACGAAGGAGGAAGACAGCCAAUGACAAUGACAGCCGACGAACGAUUGACACAAACGACACAAACCAAAGAUUGAAAAGCAAGAGGAUUGUCCUGUGGGAUUGUCUAUCAUUGUCAAGCGCCGAUACCCUUAAGACCGGUCUUUAUUCCUCGACUCAUACCUACGCGGUCUAAAAGUUGUAUGAGGAGAGGAUAGUUUUUGAGAAGUUUCACUUCCACCACGUGUAGCUACGGCGAAAAUGAUUUUUUUUUUAUAGUUUUUUUUUUUUUUUUUUGUAUAUCAUUACAUAUUUUGUAUACCUACAUAAGUAAUUCAUCUAUCACUACCCAGCCCAGGUACCCAAAAAAACCAAACUGAAAAUGGAAACGAGAUUUUUGAGAACUUUGUGACUUUGUCCUGCUUUUGGACUUUCAAGAUCUGGUCACUUUAGGUAUAGAUAUCUAAUUUUGAAAACAAAAAAAUCUUUUGUCGAUAGAUAUUUUCGAAAGGAUGUUUCUAAAACAUUUCAGGACAAUCAUCCUGGAGAUGUUGCAUUAGAAACAUCGCAGCGAUGCACCAUUUAUGUCGGAAACAUAAAGAUCUUAAUGGUACAUAAAUGGUAUGUUUCUGGCAGAUCGGUGUUAUUAGGGUUGUGGCAUUAGCUGGUGUGGCACUCUUUAAAAAAGCAUUUUUAAAGAGACCUGCAAUUUGAAAAUCGGUCACCACUCUGCCCGGAUUAUGUCGGAGCUCUUUUUGAAUUUCUUGAUCGUAAUAAAUUUGUCAUGGGCCAAAAAAUGCAUUAUCCAGGGGCUGGACUCGAUGAAUAUAUACAGUGCGUCGGAAAAUAAAACAACAGAAUUCCAUUGCUUUUUGCAUAAUCCAAAACAUCUACAGUUUUGUGACAGCCGUGACCGUCCAGCAGCAAAAGAACUUUAUUAUUAAUAGAUGGCUUGACAUGUUUAACAAAAUUUUGAAGCUAUUUCAGGAAAAGCUCGCGAGUCAUCCAUCCCCUUUCCUGACACAAUGCUACGCUUCCAGUUAGUGCAUCAUCCAUGAGUUCAUUCUUGAAUCUCUUUCUGAAGAAAAUAAAUAAUGGUGGAAUAAAUGUUCCAGUGGCAUUCAUGGCGCAUACCACAGCGAAUGUCUAUCCCAUUCUGCACUGCUAAGAGUGCCAACCUGUUUACGCCCCUUGGUUGCAAAGACCUUUUGUGGUUUUUUCUGCACCAUGCUUAACCCAGACCACAACCCUCUUUACGUAUCCAGACCUGAACAAGGUAGACGCGGCAACACUGCUUGGUGGUAUGCAGUGUCCCAUAAUUAUGUACAGCUGGAGCGCGUUCAUAAACGGUCACCCUAGGGCGAAGGUUAUACCCGCUGUCGCCCAAAUGCGUUCAAAAAUCGCCAAGGUAAAAUUAAUGACGUCAUAAUCAGCGUUCAUAAAUUGAUGUGGCGAUUACCCCAAAAUCGCCGCACUCAAGAGUGCGGUGAAAAUUCCCCGACAUGCGCAGUCGACAUAAGCAAAUUCCGAAAACCAUUUAAACCAAGAAAAACAGAAAAAUAUCAUUUUUCUUCGGUUAUGAUUCUAUGAGUGUUGAUGUUUACGAUGGGGACCUCCGCUUGCCCAAUCUUGUUGGAUAUUGUAGGUACAUUGUUUUGCCAGAGACAUAAUAUUAUUGUGAUAUUCGUAUUUGAAUAUUACAAAAAGUGACUGCUUUUGCAUAGGGCACUAUGGAGUUGAAUUUAGAGGGAUUCAAUAUUUUGGUUGACGAAAAUGGUGCCCCCCUUCAAGAUGAAGCGUUUGGAUACAUUCAAAAUAAAAUAGGUAAUUAAAUAUAAAUGAAGUUUGCUCUCUAAACUCCUUAUAAUAGGUAGCGGUACAUAUGCUAGGGCUGGAUUAAAUUGGUUGAGUUUUCAAAUUGACAAUCAGGUAAUAAUGGUUGAUCUGAUUAUAUAUAAUAUAAUUUUUAAAUGAAACAAUACUGAAAGUUCCUCUAAAGGACGUAGCAUCCUUUUACGGGAUUCCAAUUGCUGGUUGUAGUGGAUCUGAAAGUCAACCUAGCAGUACUAUUACUGAUACCAGUGAGGCUCCUAAUACUGGAGAAAUACAUAUUAAAAACUGGAUCCGUGAUGCCAUUUUAAUACUCAUCUACCUAAGAGAAAAACAUGACGCCCAAUUUAGGUCUACAACCAUGAAAACAGAUAAGUGUUGGAAAAUAGUGGUUGAUGAACUGAAAGAAAAAGGAUAUGUAGCCACGAUUAAACAAUGUAGAGAUAAAUGGAAGUAUCUGAAAGAAAGAUAUACUAAAAAAAAAGACAACAUGAGUACCAAAAGUUCAGGUGCUGAGCUUUUCAGAUUUGAAUAUUUUGAGGAAAUGGACAAAUUCCUAGGGAAAAAUGCUAGUAUUGAACCCACAGCUCUAGCAUCGUCAAUAAAAGGAAUGAAGCGCCCUCUAAGUGAAAUAGAGAACAAUGACUCUAUAUUAGAAAGUGGCAUAUCAGAAGCAGAAACACCCAAAAGGAUUAAAAAAAAGAAAGAUCCUUGUUGCAGAAUAUAUUUCUGAAGUAAAGAAGGCCAUGCUAGAGAAAGAGAGAAAAAAGAUAAGAGGUACAAAGAAAAUCUUGAAGCCAAGGAAGCAGCCAGAAAAUCAUUCGAGAACAAAAUGGACUGGUUUCUUGAUAUUCUGUCUAAAAAAUAAUUUUUAGUUUUGUAGGUUUCAGGUACAAUACCUAUGCAUACGCUUUUGCAGCCAAAUAAAUACCUAGAGUAUUAUUAUUAUAUUAGAGUAUUACUAUUUAUUAUUAUUAUUUCUAUCUUUACAAUGAGUAAGAAAAUAUCUAUUAUGUUACGUACCUGUUGAUUUUAGUGAC